GGGUAACGCAACAACACAGAAGAAACAUGGCGGCGUCCAUAACAUGCCUGUUCCACUGAAUCUCUAUUUUGAUGUGAUAAAACUCGAAGAUGCGCUUUGUUUGAAGGGGUCAUGUCCCGGUUGGCGGUGGUCUGCGGGGGGUCCCGGGGCAUCGGGAGGGCCGUGUCCCGGCUCCUGGCGCUGAGGGGCUGCAGGGUGGCUGUCCUGUCCAGGAAUGAGGACUCUGCCCGGGACACCGUGGCUUCUUUACCCGGAGAUGGGCAUGUUUCUUUUAGUUGUGAUGUCUCCAAGGAGCAAAAUGUACAGAAGACAUUUGAAACGCUCCAGAAAAACUCUGGAAAUAUUACUUAUCUUGUGAACGCAGCUGGUAUCAAUCUAGAUGCUUUGUUACUGAGAACCCGUCCUGAGGACAUGGUGUCAGUGCUCCACACAAACCUCUUGGGCUCCAUGUUGACCUGUAGGGCGGCGCUCAGGAGCAUGCUCCACACCAAAGAUGCAGCUAUUGUCAAUAUUGGUUCAGUGGUGGGUCUUAAAGGAAAUGCUGGUCAGACGCUGUACAGUGCCAGUAAAGCAGGACUGGAGGGGUUCACUCGCUCUUUGGCCAAAGAAGUUGCGUCUCGCAAAAUCAGGGUCAACCUACUGGCCCCAGGUUUCAUCAAGACUGACAUGACUGCUGGGGUGACAGAUGAGAGGGUGCGUGCUGUUCCAUUGGGCAGAUUUGGGGAGCCGGAGGAAGUGGCCCAGGCAACACUGUUCCUCCUGGAGUCUCCUUAUGUCACUGGACAGGUGCUGGUGGUAGAUGGAGGGCUGCAGUUGGCAAUGUAAAGGACCUCACUGAAUUUGAAAGUGAGUUAAUCCUGAUCAAGCCAAACUCAAGAUGAAUCCCCGGGUGCUGCAAUGCGGUCAUCCACAGUUACUGACAGGUUUCCCUGUUGGGCUUGGAGGAUGGGUCGAAUGCAGAUGCAAAUCUGUGUCAAAAGCAACUCUAACCCACUUUACUAGACUAAAGACGAAACAUUUCACUGACUAACACUUCUGACUCCAAAAUGUCUGUAGUAUUUUUGCCCGGACGUCCCAGAUUCGAUUGGCUCAUUUAACGCGUUCCUAUUCAGUGACAGUGGAGUAUUGAUUUCAUGUUUUGGUCCCUGAGGAGAGCCCCUCACAGCGGGCCUACCCCACCUCUGGAGGGGCCCAGCGUGUCCGCCACAGCUGGAGGAGAUUAAAGGAGUGCUGGAGGUACCAGGGGCAUAUUUUUAGAUUGGGGAAUGUUUUGAGUGUUUAGUUACGACUGCAGGACUCCAAGUGUGGACUGAUGAGGUCACUGCGUCUGUUUCUGAUUUAAUUUUACAAAUGUCCUAAAAGUAGGGCACUGUAAUUAUGAAUAAAAUGAAUGGGAAAUAUGAAUAUUAUAUGAACUAUAUUCAGUUCAAGUUCUUUUUUUAAUUGUUGCUUUGACCAAUAACAAGAUUAAAACAAUUUAGAAAAGAGCUGCUGUUCCAUUUUGUCAGUGCUUUAAUGAUAUCUUCUACUUAGUUUAGGACAUUCUGGGGUUUUACUUUUGAGAAAUAUUGUUUAUAGUCUUUUUACUGUAAUGUCUCCUUUUCUAAAAUCUCAAAUGUUAUUUUAAGAUUCAUAGUUUACAUUUUUAUUGUUUCUUUUGAAAAGUUAAUCAUCAUAAAUAAAUAAGAUGGUGCCACACUCUCAGAUUCAGGGAAGAUUUAAUUGUCUAUAUUGAUUAUUUAUUGUAUUUAAGUAAAUCCUUUUUAUUUAUUAGAGCUAUAACCUCACUACACCACAUCGAAUCUCCAUAUUAAUCGUAUUCAUUUUCCUCUCAUCUCAAUUCAACGAAACACAACAGAAAUGCAGUGACUUGGACUUGUUUUAAAACCUGCAGCAUUAUUUUGAAAUUUUGAGCACAUUUUUGGGCCUUUCAGUCUUAUUGUGUCAAUAAACAUAACACACUGUC